AUGGCGUCCACGUCCGCCCCCGCACCGCGCGCCGGCAAGACGCAUGCGCAGCAGGCCAAGCCCACCACCCAGCAGCUCAAUGCGGGCAAGUCGAUCUGCGAGGAGAUGGACAACCUGUUCGCCGCCGAUGAGCGGAAGAGCAAGGAGGGCCUCGAGGACAUGAUGCUGUCACGGCCGUACCUGAUCUACAAGACCUCCACGACCCCCGGCGGCAAGAAGAUGCUGCAGGAGCGUACGGGCUACGCCUCGUUCACCAACUUCGCCACACAGAUGCACGAGGCCAAGCACCUCAACACCUCCCCCAAGACGCUCCUCAACACGUUCCGCAAGCUGGUGGUUGUGGAGGCCGUCCUCAACGCGCAGCCCGAGCCCGCGGCCGGGGAGAAGAAGCACCUCAUCUCGCUCAGGGCGGCGGAGCACCUCAGCACCAUCCACUCCCACCUUAACAAGGGGAAGGUCGGCGCCGCCAAGUUCGCGGACGGCGCGCGCGAUGUGAUCCAGGACCUCAAGCGCAACGUCCUCGACAAGCCCGAGGAGACGCUCGUGCGCGAGUACGCCAAGGGUUGGAAGGAGCAGCUGGGCAUCGUGACCAGCAGUGGUACCGGGAAGCGCGACGCCGACACGGCCGCGGACACCGACGCGGACACCGACGUGGACAUUGAUGGGCUCUAUCCGCCCGCCGUCAACCCCGAGGAGUUCGAGAAGCUGGAGAUGGAGGUGGCCCGCCUGGAGAUGGAGGUGGCCCGCCUGCGGGACGAGGCGGCCCGCCUGCGGGACGUGGCGGAGCGGCUGCGUGCGCCCACCAUCGCGAUCAUCAGCAUGGGCGUUGAGCACUACGAGGCCAUGGCCUCAGCGCUGCCGGCGCCCACUGCGCAGCUGCUUUUUGGCGUGGGGGCGGCGUGCGUGAUUGACGGCACCACCGGCAAGUGGCUCUACAUCAGCGACGUCGGCAUCAAGAUGCGCAUCGUCGCCAACAUCCCCAACCGCGAGAUGAGGGCGGCGCUGUUUGCGAGUUACCUGCCGUCGCUCAUCAUCGCCCCGUUCAAGGACAACACACGCGUUUGCUGCGACACGGCCAAUGAGGCUCUGUGCGUGCGAGUUGACGAGGGGUUUAAGAUCACAGAGGAGACCGCGCGCGACGUGCUCACCACCACCUUCAAGGCCGCGAUCGAGCUCCUGCAGGGGCCGGCCGCGCCCAUCACGCCGGACAAGGCGGCCAGCCGGCGCUGA